AUGGUCAAAGCAAUGACUGACGCGCCCGCGCCUCGCAAGAGAGGCCGGCCAGGAACUGUGGCGGACGAUCAGCAAGUCUUAGAGAGACGUCGAAAGCAGCUUCGCGUUGCGCAGCAAGCAUAUCGCAAGAGAAAAGACACCACGAUCGUCAAUUUGCAAUCUCGCGUACAGGAACUUGAGUCGGGCAUCGAAGAGCUCAGUGAGUCGUUCCUUUCUUUCAGUGAUCUUCUGUUCGAGGCUGGGAUUCUCCAAAAUCAGCCUCGUAUCACAGUUGCUCUGCAAAAAAUUACACAGCAAUGCGUGUCGCUUGCCAAAAGUGGCUGCGGCGAGGCCGAACAAGCACCUGCAGCCCCGGCGGACGUAUCGCCAUCGACAUCUCCCAAGCUCAGCGAUACACAAGAUACAACCUCAAAUAACAAUCCUCUCACAACAAAACUUGAUUCACUACCAAUAAUUGGUGAUGCUUUCCAGUCCUCAUCGGACCUCGCGGCUCCAUGGCCUGAACUAUCACAACUACCCUCCACGCCACCAUUCCAAGAACAAACAUAUCUGCCGUUUGAAAUAGUCUUGCCGUCUCCGAACAUCCCCUUCUCACCAAUCCCUAGCCCUACCAUGAAUUUCCCACCCAUAGUAUCGCCCGACAAUCUUUCAAAGCAAGGGCGCUGGACACUCUCACACCGUCUGGUCCGACAAUGCUGCGAGACUGGAUACUAUCUAUUAACAAACUCAUCUGAAGAUGAUCCAAAGGUCAAAGCAGUCUUCGGCAAACGAAUGACCAUCGACGAUCGCAACCGCUUUAUCUCCCAAUUCUUAACCGCUAUGCACGACGAAAUAGGAGAUGCGGUCGAGUUGAGGACAACAGUUCUCAAGUCAAGGAGGGGAAACUACUCGCCUGAACAACUCGCUGUUUCCUCUCGAACGUGGAAAAUGGUCAAUGAAUCGGGUGCUGGUGAGUGGAUGGAUGCGAGCGGUGUGCAAAGGCUGCUACAUCAGCGAGGGAUUCGUAUUCAGGACCCGAGCUCGCCCCUCUCCAGUCCCCGGUUCAAUUCCGCUCCGCAGCUCAACGCAGCGAGCUUCGUUAAAUAUCUUUCCCUCGUCGCUAUCUGUCUAGGUCGCGGACCAGCGUUCCGAAAGCGCGAUGUUGAGAUUGCCAUUGGCCUUGCAACUCUUGAUGAUCCUUGGGCGUCUUAA